UAGAAAGGAAGUGGGGCCAUCGCCCAAAAGUAAUUUCUCAAGAUUUGUGUUCAUUUGCGCUGCUUUAUUUUAUGCGAUUGUGUGGAAAUCGAAACAACGGAUUAAAGUUACUUACUAUCAACUUUGCCAGCAAUUGAAGGAUAGAUAGUGCGCUCAACUGAAAUCAGUUCGAUCGUGUAUUAUAAACAUUACAAGGUUUUAGUCGCUCAAGAGACCUGAGACGACGACAAUGGAGGAUAUUUUCCACUGGUGCAGGGAAGGCAAUGCCAUGCAGGUUCGUGUCUGGCUGGAUGACACUGAACAUGACAUGAAUCAAGGUGACGACCAUGGGUUCAGCCCAUUGCACUGGGCUGCCAAGGAGGGGCACUUGAACUUGGUGACUUUGCUGAUCCAGAGAGGUGCUAGGGUAAACGCCACCAACAUGGGCGAUGACACUCCUCUCCACCUGGCCACAGCCCACGGCCACAGAGAAAUCGUUGGAAUGUUGUUGAAGAACAAAGCUGACAUCAAUUUUGUCAACGAACAUGGCAACACACCUUUGCAUUAUGCCUGCUUCUGGGCAUACUCUAGCAUUGCAGAAGAUCUGGUCAACUAUGGGGCCUACGUCUCUGUUGCCAACAAAUACGGGGAAAUCCCCUUGGACAAGUGUAGCGGAGUCAUUGCCAAACAACUGCACGAAUUGGCGGUUGAAAAUGGACAGGACUUGAAGCGGAUCGGUUUCAAGGAUCAAAGUUGGUUAGGACUAAAGACUAGGAGCCGCGAUGCGACUCUAUCACGUCACAAGGGUAUCAACAUCCAAGAGCUGUCGCUUCACAAAAAGCUGGCGGUCACUCCUUCCGGCGAGUCGUGGCGUGGAACGUGGCAGAGCAACGAUAUCGUGGCCAAAUUUCUGGCCGUCCGCCAAUGCACGCCGAGAAUUUCGCGAGACUUUAACGAGGAAUUUCCCAGGCUGCGAAUCUUCUCUCAUCCAAACGUUUUGCCCGUCAUCGGCUGUUGCAACGACCCCCCAAAUCUAAUCGUCAUCAACCAGUACAUGAUCCACGGAUCGCUCUACGCCGUUCUCCAUCAAGGCACAGGUCUGGUGGUCGACACUGCACAAGCCAUUCGCUUCGCCCUGGACGUGACUCGAGGCAUGGCCUUCCUCCAUUCGCUGGAGAAACAGUUGCCCAAUUUCACCCUGUCCAGCAAGCACGUUAUGAUCGACGAAGACCUUUCUGCUCGCAUUAGCAUGGCGGACGCCAAGUUCUCCUUCCAGGACAAGGGUCGUUGCUAUAGUCCUCAAUGGAUAGCUCCAGAAGCUCUUCAGAAGAAAGGCAAAGAAAUCAACGUCAAGUCGGCCGAUAUGUGGAGCUUUGCUGUUCUAUUGUGGGAGCUGGCCACUCGACAAGUACCUUUCGCUGAACUGUCUCCCAUGGAAGCUGGCCUCAGGAUCGCCCUUGAAGGAUUGAGGGUAUCGAUACCCCCCGGCUCGAGUCCUCACAUGGCCAAAUUGAUCCGCAUCUGCAUGAACGAAGAUCCCGGUAAGAGGCCCAACUUUGAGAUGAUAACUCCCAUCCUCGAAAAGAUGAAAUUACAAUAGUGAUUUUUAAAACAAAAAACAAUUUGCUAAGCAAAACAAACGCCGUCAAAACAACCCACAAAUGCCUUCCAAUCGGAUUCAUCGCGUAACACUGCCUUACGUUUCACACACACACACAC